CUGAUUAAUGGAAUUGAGCCCUAGGUUUUUAUUAUCAUCGUCAAAAGAUUCCUAGGGUUUUGCCCCAUUGUUCUAUUUUCUCCUGUGUUUGCUUCGGCUUCGUCAUCGGAUAAUUUGGCGAUCUUCAUCUUCUUCCAAUCCGCCGGUUGACAAAUCUAAGAACCGAUCAUGGGGCAUGGUGAUAAAAGUGGGAGACCUAGCAAGAAGCAUAAGUCAUCAACCAAGGAGGGCUAUAAAGCUGCAGCUUUUGAAGAGGAGGAUGCAUAUUAUGUUGAAGAAUUUGGUGAUGGAGAAGGAAAUAAGAGAGAUUUUACCAAAUUGGAACUUAAAGCAGAUCAUGUGAAUCGGCCAUUAUGGGCUUGUGCAGAUGGCCGGAUCUUUCUAGAAACCUUCUCUCCAUUGUAUAAACAAGCUUAUGAUUUUCUAAUUGCAAUUGCAGAACCUGUCUGCAGGCCAGAUUCGAUGCAUGAGUACAACCUGACUCCACACUCACUGUAUGCGGCUGUGUCAGUGGGUCUAGAAACUGAAACCAUAAUAGCUGUUUUGAACAAGCUUUCAAAGACGAAGCUCCCUAAAGAGAUGAUCGAUUUCAUUCAUGCUUCAACAUCCAAUUAUGGAAAAGUAAAGCUUGUACUGAAAAAGAAUCGGUACCUAGUUGAAUCUCCUUUCCCAGAGGUAUUGAAGAGAUUAUUGAGUGAUGAAGUCAUAUCUCGAGCGAGGGUUUCAUACGAGGGUGACGAUGGGUUUGCUGUUAGUAGAUCAGCAGGUGAAGUUGAAGGUAGACAUGAGGAACUGCUAACAGAAGCACAGUUGGCAGCUGCAGCUGAAGAAAAAGAAGCCCAUUCAUUUGAAAUUGACCCGACCCAGGUUGAAAAUGUAAAGCAGAGGUGUUUGCCAAAUGCUUUAAACUAUCCCAUGUUGGAGGAGUAUGAUUUUCGCAAUGAUACUAUAAAUCCGGAUGCUGCAGGAAGAGCAAGGUCUGGGAUCAUUGUGUUGCCUUGUGGUGCUGGAAAGUCUUUAGUGGGGGUUUCUGCAGCCUGCAGGAUUAAAAAGAGCUGUCUUUGUUUAGCAACAAAUGCUGUUUCUGUUGACCAAUGGGCUUUUCAAUUCAAGUUAUGGUCAAACAUUCGUGAUGAACAUAUAUGUCGCUUUACAUCCGAUAGUAAAGAAAGGUUUUGUGGAAAUGCUGGAGUUGUUGUCACCACAUAUAACAUGGUAGCUUUUGGUGGUAAAAGAUCCGAAGAAUCUGAAAAAAUCAUUGAAGAAAUAAGAAAUAGAGAAUGGGGUUUGCUACUCAUGGACGAGGUGCACGUGGUACCUGCGCAUAUGUUUCGUAAAGUUAUUAGCAUCACUAAAUCUCACUGCAAGCUUGGGCUUACUGCUACACUUGUUAGAGAGGACGAAAGGAUUACGGAUUUGAAUUUUCUGAUUGGUCCGAAGUUAUACGAGGCGAAUUGGUUGGAUUUGGUUAAAGGAGGAUUCAUUGCAAAUGUGCAAUGUGCUGAAGUGUGGUGUCCAAUGACAAGAGAGUUUUUUGCUGAAUAUCUAAAGAAAGAAAAUUCCAAGAAGAAACAGGCUUUAUAUGUGAUGAACCCUAACAAGUUUAGGGCUUGUGAGUUUCUUAUUUGGUUCCAUGAGGAACAACGUCAUGAUAAGGUUAUCAUUUUUGCUGACAAUCUUUUUGCACUCACGGAAUAUGCAACCAAGCUUCGUAAACCAAUGAUUUAUGGUGCCACAAGCCAUAUUGAAAGGACAAAGAUACUGGAUGAAUUCAAAACCGGCAAUAAAAUCAACACUGUGGGAGAUAAUUCAAUAGAUAUUCCGGAAGCGAAUGUAGUUAUUCAAAUUUCAUCACAUGCUGGUUCCAGACGUCAAGAAGCCCAACGUCUUGGCCGUAUUCUCAGGGCUAAGGGUCGUCAGCAGGAUAGAAUGGCAGGUGGAAAAGAGGAGUACAAUGCAUUCUUCUACUCCCUAGUAUCUACAGAUACACAGGAAAUGUACUACUCAACUAAGCGGCAGCAAUUUUUGAUCGAUCAAGGUUAUAGUUUUAAGGUGAUAACAAGUCUGCCUCCACCAGACAGUGGGGCAGAGUUGAGCUAUGAUUGUCUCAAGGACCAAGUUUCUCUUCUUAACAAGGUGUUAAGUGCUGGGGAUGAUAAGUUAGGCUUGGAAAUACUUGAAGAUGAUACAAAUGAUGACAUUGCACGACAAAAGCGUAUGAUGGGGUCCAUGAGUGCCAUGUCAGGAGCUAAAGGAAUGAUCUAUCAUGAGUUCAGGAGUGGACAAAAGGGAGGUUUUGCAAAGAGCAAGCCUAAGGAUCCAGCAAAGAGACAUCAACUGUUUAAGAAACGUUUUGUAUGAACAGAAGAACAUAUAACUAUACAGAGGCAGCUGGCUGGCUUGUUUUGUUGUUUUGAGUGCCAAAUGGCCUACAAAGAAACAUAACAUGGUGACAUAAAUUAGUAAUAUGCCCCAAAACUACAUGUAUUGCUUUUCUUGUGUGUUGCCAUGGUUCAGUGCCAUUUGAGUACAUUGUAUUUUUUUACUAGUGUAUGGUUUGCUGUGCCUGUCAAGUCAAUCAAAUGUUUUGCAUUGUAUGGACUUGGUUUCAAGUCAA